AUGGAUUUCGUCAAGAACCUCGCCGGCGGCAACAAGAACGACAACGCCGAUCAAACUCAACAGCAGGCGGCCCCAGAGGCUGGGGGAGGAGGCGCUUCUGGUGAAAAGAAGGAGGACGGUCUUGACAAGGCUGUCGACUAUGUUCAAGAGAACUUCCUUGGCGCUGGCAACCAGUCAAAUGAAUCCGCCGCGGAGCAGAUGAAAGAUGAGGCCAUCUCAGAUGCUAUUCGAGACCAAUACAAGGGCGCGACAGGCAGUGAAUUCCCGAUCUCAGACAAGUAA